AUGUCCAUCCGAACUCCUGCGCCCGGAUUUAAGGACCAUCCCAAAUCCGCAGUCGCUCCUUUGCCUGCUGGAUAUCCCCAAGUUCGGCGUGAUGGUAACCGAUCCGGUCUUUCAAAGGCAUCGCGCAGUGCUAUCUUGUACCAGAUGUCGUGGCCGAAAGAAGAAGAGUGCAUUUACUCUCAUCGCAACGAGAGCCACCUCUUAAGACACGAAAAGCGGUUCCAUGAGUCGCGGCUUUUGACGGCCGCGGCUCACAAAGAUGAUGAGACCACGAGCCAUUGCCCUGUGCAGAAGGAUAAAGAAUUAUGGAUGUCGUGGUCGUCUGACCUUGUAAUACAUCACCUAGAUGUUGAGCUCAUAAUUCCUUGUCCCGCCAGCAGUGUGAACUAUCUGCUAGAAUCAUUUCCUAUUUUGUUCAAUUUACGGUCGCAAUACUGCACAACCCGUCCGCGAGCUAUUGAUCUCUCGUUCUUAUAUCCUGAACUUCUGGACAAUGACUCGGUCAAGUUUUCUCUCAUUUAUCUCGGCGCACGCAUGUAUGCGGCCCAGCUUGGAUGCACAAGAGGGAAGCUUCCCCCUGACUCUUGUCUUCAAUUCAAGGUCGCAGCCAUAGAAAAUAUUCGACAAGCCGUAGAGGGCUGUACGGUUAUAUCUGAAGCUGAUAUCCUUGCCGUUCUAUUCAUGACUAUGAGCUACAACAAGCAUCUCGACAACCACAGUGAGUGGACCGCUCAUAUGGACGGUAUUAAGAAAAUGAUUUCUCUUCGCGGAGGUUUGGAUAAUGGAAAACAUGGUGAGCUCAUUAGAGAUCUGCACAGUUGGUGUAUGGAAUACGGCACGUCAUCGUCGCUUUGUGCCAGCUUUGCGCCGGAUAUCUAG